CCCCGCCGCCAAGUACCGGAUCUAGAGACGCCCUCCUUCACCGGCGGUCGCUCCAAAAUCACUACGGUCACUAGUUCGUGCGCGAUCCCGUCUCCAAGGUCAACCUUACGUGUGGAUUGUGUCGUACCCAACCCCUUCAGAGUCAGUCCUCUCUAUUUUGUACUGUCUAAACUUCCCACGCCUGCUCAUCUGUUAGCCAAGACUAACCUCUGCCGAGAGAAUUUUUUCCCAUCUCGGCAAAUUGAGUUGCAGGAAAACUGACUCCCGACAGGUACAACUGCCUUGCUCAUGCUAGAAGCAUGUAGAUUUCUGGCACAACAAUACUUUCUACGA